AUGGUAGGUAUUCCGUUUAUUUUAAUGUAACUAGUGUAAACUAAGGACGGAGAUGACAAAGAACAACAGGAAACACAGGCAGACUCAGAAAAGGACUCCAGAAUUCAAGGGGUUUCUCUCAUUUCAAGAGGAUCCAAAGAAAAAACUCUGCAUGAUGGCUCCAAAAUAUCAGAACAUGAUGAAAAAAACGAAAAGAAGACGAAUGAAGGAAGAAAAAAAUACAAAGAAGAGGGAAAUCAGGAGAAAAAAGAAGGAGAGAGAGAGAAAAGGAGGGAAAGCAGAGACGAUCCUGAUGAUAAGCUCAAUGAACCGACGAAAUGUAACCUCAAGAAACGCGAGGGAAAUGCAAAAGUAAGUAAAAUUGGUCGUUUUAAAAGUCACAUACUUUAAUCUCGAAUAACAUUAUUCGUGAGAUCUUUGUCUCUUGAUCAUUAUCAGAUUAAUUUAUAAUUUUUUUUAUUUAUGAUGACGCUAAGAAUGUAAUUACUCGUCCUUCAAAACCAAAAAAAGAACCUAGAAAAUGUCAAGGAUCAAUUCGAAGUAAGGUUUCAUCAGCAACAAGUAAAGUGAAGGAAGAUGAUGACAAAAGAGGCAAAGGAAAAGAAUCCAAGGAAGCGAGUGUGGAGAAGGAAGGGGAAGAGGGCCCUGCGUUGGUAUCCACCCACAAGGUGCCUUUUUUGGACAAAUUAAUUGACAAGGAUGCGGAUGCGCGUGAUCUAUACCAACAGAUUCCGAGGGAUCGGGUACCCAUUGACAUUUGCGUCAAGAAAGAAUUCACUUUGACAUUCCCUCCGGCUAAUCCGGUAGGUCAAAAAAGUGAAAAUAUUAUAAGUCUUGAUUGUUAGAGAGAGAUCGUUUUAUACAAAACGAUGCAAGUGAUAGACAUCCCUCCAAGUCAUCAUGGGGCCAUCCAUGAACAAGAAGAUGUGGACUCUCUAGAUCUGGGCGACUGGAUUUGUUGUAUUAACGAUCAAGCUGUCACUGAUAAGAAUCAUUACAAUACAAUUGUAAAGAAACUUUCGAAACAAGAAACUCCUUAUACAGUAAGUUCUCGAAAUAAAAUUAAACUUUUGUAGGUAAAGUAUACGGUCCUAAGAACGGUCAGAAAAAAGGAAAUAUCUCAAGAACAGGUGUCUCUGAUGGUCUCCAGGGCUUUCGAGUUUACUCCCGGCUACAUUUAUCUGGUCGGAUUCUUGUGUUUAUAUCCAGGAAGUUCGCUGGGGAUUAAUGUCAAGUCAUAUUACAACAAAGUUUAUGUAUCCGGAACUGAUAAUGGAUUCCAAUCAUUGGGAAAGAGAACCUUUUUGGUGGGCGAUGUCAUUCUCAGCAUCGAUAACAUUGAUACCACUACUGUGAAAGAAGUCAAGGAGCUGCUGAAAACAAGGCUUAACAGCAGGACCCCGUUUGUAAGUCCUUUAGUCAUAAUUUGUAAAAACCGUUAUUUUCUGUUACAGUGUAUGGUGGCCAUAGAACGCCCGUGCAGUCCGUUGGCUCUGAAUCGAGCAAAGAUGGCCUUAAUGGCCGAAAAGAAGCUAGAAAAGGAUCCCAGGAUGAUGGAUGACGUCAUCGCCAUCUGCAACCUUGAAAAGGAACUCCUGAGUAAACAAGAAUCACAAAUUCCUCCAUCAAUUUACCGUCCAAAGGAGCUUCGGGACCAAUCAAAAAGUGUUAAUGUACAUCCAGAAGCCCGGGAAAUCCCCAUUCAGUGCGAUUCUAUCAACCCUAAGCUCCUCCAACGUUGCCCUCCACCUCCCGGUCCUAACCUUAGAAGGGUAAAAUGA